AUGGCGGAGAUCAUAGAGCAGCAUAUCGAGGACCGGCUCCCGGAGCUGCUACAGCUGGAGCGAAUCGGGCUCUUCACGCGCAAAGAGAUUAAGGCUGUCAUUAGGAAGGCCUCAGCACUAGAAUACAAAGUACAAAGAAGAGCACUUUUUAAGGAAGACUUUAUCAAUUAUAUCCAAUAUGAAAUCAAUCUUCUGGAACUGAUCAAGAAAAGAAGAGCACGCACCAGAUAUGUCUUUAAGAAGGAUGAGAUUGAGUUUUCAAUUGUGCACAGAAUACAGAACCUCUUCCGUCGAGCUACAUCAAAGUGGAAGGAAGAUAUUCAGCUCUGGAUUUCUCAUAUAGCUUUUUGUAAGAAAUGGAAUAACAAAACUCAAAUUAGUAAAAUAUUCUCUUCCUUGUUGGCCAUUCAUCCAAACAAACCAGCAUUGUGGAUUAUGGCAGCCAAAUGGGAGAUGGAGGAUUGCCUCUCUUCAGAAAGUGCCAGGAAUCUCUUUCUUCGGGCUCUGCGUUUUCACCCAGAGUCUCCCAAACUUUAUCAAGAAUAUUUUAGGAUGGAACUAAUGAGUGCUGAGAAACAGAGGAAAGAGAAACAGGAAUUUGAACGAGCCAAAAUAGAUUUGGAUGAGCUGGAUUAUCCAGAGGAAAUCCUGAAUGGUGGCUUAGCCCGAAUUAUUUAUAAAGAAGCUGUGAGUAAAAUCAAAGGGGCCGAAUUUCAUCUCUCAUUACUUUCAAUUGCAAAAUUAUUUACUUUUGCCCAAGAUCUUCAGAAAGAGAUUUAUGAACACCUGCAGGUUCUUCAUGGAGGGGACCCCCUUACCUGGGAUUUUGUAGCCCGGCGAGAGCUGGAGCUUGAUUCCCAGCUCCCUGGAGCAUCCGAUACACAAGGGAAAGUCAUGAAGGCCACAGAGGUGGCCCGGAGGGAGGAGCGCUCGUGUGCUGUCUACGAGGAGGCCAUUGGCUCUCUGGCUACAGAGGCCAUGUGGAAGUGUUAUAUCACCUUUUGCUUGGAGCGAUUUAAUAGGAAAACAAAUAGCAAGGAGCUAAAAGAUAAGAGGCAGGAGAGGGUGAUGGCAGUAUUCCAGAGGGCCCAUGAAGCCAGACUGCUGUCUGAAGACCUGUACCAGCCGUGGUUUGACUUAUUAAUGGGCCUGGACCUUACAGAGGUGGCUCUGGGAGUGGCCCUGGGCAUGACUGACUGUUGUCGAGACUCCAUCACCAUGUGGCAGCUACAGCUGCAGCUGCUGAUUAGAUUGGAGAACAGUGAAGUCCAUGAGCAUUUUGAGGAAGCCUUUCGGCAUCUGAAAGCCAAGGAUUGUUUGCCAUUAUGGAGUUUGUGGUUGGAGUGGAGUGAAGGUGCCCACAGUGAAGAAGAUACUGAAGCUCUCUUUCAGAAAUCUCUUCUUGCUACUGUCCCUGCUGACUCUGUGAUCAUGAAAGAGAAAUACUUGGAUUGGGCUUAUCGGACCGGCGGUCACAAGAAGGCAAAAAAAGUCUUUAUCAGUUUGCGUGAAAACCGCCCAUUUUCUGUUCAGUUCUUUAGAAGGAUGAUUCAGAUUGAAAAGGAGCAGGAAACCUGCAAAAUGUUGAACUUAAGAGAAUACUAUGAGAGAGCCUUGCGAGAGUUUGGUUCUGUGAACUCUGACCUUUGGCUGGAUUACAUCAAGGAAGAAUUGAGCCACCCUUUUGGAAAACCAGAGAACUGUGGGCAAAUCCACUGGAGAGCCAUGAAGAUGCUGCAAGGGGAGCUGGUGGAGGAGUUUGUGGCCAAGUAUAGCCUACUCCAGAUUGGCCAGCUAUAGGAGGAGCUGCAUAGCCAAACUCAUGAACUCUUUUUAUAAAUCCCUUUGGUAGAAUCUAUUGUUUGUACAGAGAUGUUUAUCUUUGAUUCCUAAUAAAUACUGAACUCUGCUGGCUCACCCUU